CAUAUAUUUAUUUAUUUUAAAUCAUCUCGUCUGACUCAAGAGAAAGUCAGCUAUGUCGAUGCAGGUCACUGUGACACGAAAUUCACAAACAGGAACCAUAGGACAUGAAGAGUACAGCCUGUAUAGCAGCAUGAGUGAAGACGAACUCGUUCAGAUGGCCAUACAGCAAAGUCUGACAGAAGAUGCUUCAGAGCAGAUAGCUGCACAGAAGACCACCACAGCACCACCCAGUGAACCUUACUGCCAAAAUUUUUACCUUUAUCCUUGGCAAAGACGCGCUACACAAUCCGGAGGCCAGACUGAAGCAUCCAGUUCAGGGGGCAGACGAAGGUACAAUGGCAUGUUCCUCAGCUCAUCCCAACCUGCAGUGGAAGAUCCUCUGAUCUCAGCUAUCAGGAAAGGCGAUGAAAAGGCACUGCACAAUAUGAUGCAGUCAGGAAAAAACCUUGCACAACCUAAUAAAGAUGGAUGGUUGCCCCUCCAUGAAGCUGCUUACUAUGGACAAGAGGGCUGCUUGAAACUGCUGCAAAAAUCUUAUCCUGGGACAAUUGAUCAUCGUACACUUCAAGAGGAAACAGCACUGUACUUGGCAACCAACAGAGGGAACAUAGAUUGUGUGCGUUCAUUGCUACAGGCUGGAGCAGAACCUGAUAUUGCAAACAAAUCUAGGGAGACCCCACUUUAUAAAGCUUGUGAACGAAAAAAUGCUGAAGCUGUCCAAGUGUUAUUGGAGUAUAAUGCUGACGUGAACCAUCGCUGCACUCGGGGAUGGACGGCUCUCCAUGAAGCUGUUGCUCGAAAUGAUAUAGAAAUAGUAGAACUUUUAAUCAAAGCAGGUGCUAAGAUUGAAGCUGAAAAUUGUUACGGAAUCACCUCUUUAUUCGUAGCAGCUGAGAGUGGUCACCUAGAGUCCUUGCGAUACCUUGCAAAGUGCGGUGCUGAAAUCAAUACACAGGCUGGUGACAAAGCUUCUGCCCUCUAUGAAGCUUCUAAAAAUGGCCAUGAGGAGAUUGUGGAGUUUCUUUUGUCCCAAGGGGCUGAUGCUAACAAAACCAAUAAGGACGGGUUUUUACCUAUGCACAUGGCUGCCAAAAAAGGCCACUAUGAAAUUGUGAAAAUGCUGCUUCCAGUAACCAGCCGCACUCGAAUUAAGCGCAGUGGCAUCAGUCCUCUGCAUUUGGCCGCAGAAAAUAACCGCGAUGAUGUCUUAGAAGACCUAAUUGAGGCUGGGUUUGAUGUGAAUGCCACUCUAUCUGAUGAACGUGCUCGACUUUACGAGGACAGGCGCACAAGUGUCCUCUACUUUGCUGUUGCUAACAACAAUAUUUAUGCUACUGAGCUCCUGCUUGAGGCUGGGGCCAACCCCAAUGUUGACUUCAUCAACCCAUUGCUCAUCUCUAUCCGCCAAGGCUGCUUGAGAACAAUGAAGCUACUUCUCAAUUACGGAGCCAACAUUGACGCUUACAUUGCUUCCCACCCAACUUCUUUCCCUGCUACUAUCAUGUUCUCCAUGAAGUACCUUCCUGUCCUGAAGUUUCUGUUAGAUCUAGGUUGUGAUGCCAAUUCCUGUUUUAACUGUCUGUAUGGGAGUGGCCCGCAUCCUCCUUUAGAUACUAGGAGGGACAGAUAUUAUGAUACCCAAGUGAAUAGAGAGCGAAGCAUUGUGCAGUUUUGCGAAAUGAUUUCCGCUCCAGAGAUGAGUCGUUGGGCAGGGCCCAUUAUCGAUGUUCUGUUGGAUUAUGUGGGCAAUGUACAACUUUGCUCGCGGUUGAAGGAGCACAUUGACAGUUAUGAAGACUGGUUUAAUAUUAAAACCAAAGCAGAAUUACCCAGGUCACUUGUUCACCUCUGUCGGAUCAAAGUUCGAAGUGUGAUUGGGAAGAAUCGUAUUCCACUUAUGGACACUUUGCCUUUGCCUAGAAGACUGCUUCGCUAUUUACAACAUGAUUAUAGUGAGCAAUGAGCUCAGCUAAAUCUGGUGGUCAAUCAUUUAACGGAAUGGCAGCCAUAUUUAUAACAGAGAACACUCACAUGACAGAGAAAGACUGAUACCAUGGAAGAAAAGUCUUGUGUUCCUAUGUAAAACAAAGAAAAGGGGAUGCCUGCCAAUCAGAAAUGGAGCAAGAGCUAAUCCAGAAGCAUUUAGAGUGAAGAAAUCAGGUUAAAGAACAAGUUGGGGGGGGAAGUGCUCUGCUAUUGUUCUGAAAAAUAGACUUUGAAUUUCUCAGCACCUCAAUAUUACUAGCUAUGUAAGAAGGAAAAAGCAGAACAUAGACGACAAGUUCACAGAGGGCAUCACAGCUUUCUCUGAGCACAUAUUAGCACAGAUUACUGUAGCCAGAAUUAGACAACACAUUUCUCAUUAUCAUAGGGACAUUUUUUACUAGGUGUGAUAUUCACAGAAUUUGUUGACAACUCUAUUUGUGAUCUAUCAAAUCACACAUUAUAUGUUUGCAUGCUCCAACUCAGGGGCAACACAUGUAUUUUUACAGCCAAAGAUAAGUGAUGCAAAAAUCUUUUUAAAAAUCCACAAUAAUGGUAACUAUUGUUUCUCUUCAUUGGUUGGUCAGCCUUUAUCUUAUUCUAGUUUCCUGAAUUAAUGCAACUUUCAGGCUGCUAUUUCCAUCUCAGCAAACACCACCGUGUUUACAUUUUCUUCUUCUACUACUGGUAGUUGACUUUGUGGUUGAAAUGACCACAGUGCUUCACACAACAAUAUAAUACAAGUAGCUGACUUUAUUUCUUAGUCAGUUCAAUAAAAGUAAAGUAGAAGUCCUGAGCCUUUUACAGAACAGUAUUAUAUUUGUUUCCACGUAGUUUGUUUGUUUUUUUUUCUAAAAGAAGUGGCUCCUGUGAAGAAUUUAUGAUUCCAAUAAAAAUAAAACAAAAACCUUAUCACAUGAGAGAUGAAAUGAAAAUAAAUGUUGUAGUCCAUCAAUUAGAGCAUGUCAUUAAAGCCAAAUUCUAUUACAAUAGCAGUGAAGGAAGGAAGAGAUUCGGGUCUUGCAUUGCUUCAGAAAGACUACAGAAUAAGAAGUUGCUUGACAACAGUGGCAGUGAUUUGCACAACUGCAGACAAGACACUGGAUCACCCCUUUGUCCUAACCUAGUAAUGAACUGGGAAUAUUGCUGUUCAGGGUGAUGCAUAAGCAAGUGCCCCAGUACAGUACUGUAUCUCUAACAGUGAAUGCCUUAUGAUUGUUGUGUAGUAAUUAGUGCAGUGAAAUCAUAGUUUGGCUGUGGUACAUUUAAACAAGAUGUCCAUAUGACACUAAGUUUUUAAAAGGUAAAUUCACUUCCA